UAUAAUAUUACCUGCAUAAGUUUAAGGAGAAAAUGUGGACAAUAUGCACACAAUAAACUCCAAAUAUCGUGUAUUCCAAUAUUUUUACAGGGAUCAAUGGUUGAUUAAAAUUAAACAAACUGUGCACCACCACAAAAAUUAAAUCUAGAUUAAAAUUCAAUUGGUUUUGUGGGAAACCAUCGUUGGGUACCAACCCUUGAAUAUUUUUUUGUUUUUUUUUUAUUUCCAUUUUUUCCGGAUUUGAUUUAUUUUUGUUUUUUUUUUGUACCAAUUUGCAAUAAAAAAAAUUUUUUUUUGAUUUUUUUUUGAUUUUUUUUUUUUUGAUUCGUCUGCACUGUUGGAUCUGCAAUAAACCUGAGGAGAUUACGAAACCUUAAUCUCUGAUAACUUUCUUGAAGUUGAUAAUAUAACAAGAUCAAACCAAUUCCACCUUUCCUCAGUGUUGUUCAAUAACCAAAACUUAACCAAAACUAACCUUUUUCCAAAUAGUUCACACGUGACGAGAAAGUUCCUCGAAAAUUUGAUGGAACAAUACUAAAAAACCGCCUUUAAUUCACUCAUUUUAAAUCUUCGAAAUUCGAUAUAAGUCAUUCGCUUUUUAAAUAUAUCCAUAUCGUUUUCCAUUACCAUAGUGAUUACUCCAGUUUAAUUCACCACUAUUUGUAUUAUUUCACACUAUCAUCAUUUGUACCACAUUGUUUAACAGGCUAGGUUUAUCGCAUAAUGUACACUCCGACGCCUACUUUAAAAAUCAGAUCGUCCAAGACGUCAGAUGAUUCUGAACACACUACUUCUGAUUACUGUAAAACUCACAAGAAUUCUGAUUUGUGCCAAAAGCCAGUGAAUGACGAUGUGCUUACUAUCACGUUGUCAAUUUUAUUACCCUUGAUUGCUAUUGUUUGCGUGUUGGGUUACUUCCUUUACAGAAAUUAUAGAAAGGACAAAAAGGAAAGUAUGGAGCAUGAUCCUGACUUUGACGAAAAUGGAGAAGCCACUGCAUUACCUGACUUCCCUGAACUUAAAGGAUAUUCAAACCAAAACCCAUUCAAUAAUAAUGCGAGAUACCCAAUGGAUCAUCAAUUUAGAAAUCCGCAAUACCAACAAUACCCACCACCACAUGGCAACGAUGCUUAUUCGCAAUAUUCUCAAGAUCAACACCCCUUCCAAGAUCCAUACACUUUUGUAUUACCAUAUCAACAUCAAACAGGUUCAAAAGUGUCAUUGGACGAUUAUGCCAGAACCUUGGGUGAUUCUCAAGGUUAUAAGACCUCGGUCUCUUCUGCUGCAUUGAAUCAAUUGGAUAACUCUUCGAGUAUCCAUAGCUUUCACAACAAUGUUGGAGCAGCUUCGUCCACUCCUCUUCGUCGUUCCAACCUUUAUAUGGAGCAUUCUAGAACUCCAUCAGAUCCAGUGAGUCCAACUAGAAAUCAAAUCCGAGUUCCAGAAAAGGCAUAUUAUGGGUCUAAAGUGGAUGAUACACCCAUGGUUGCUCCUAAUAUUCAUGAUGAUUCAUAUAGCAGUUCAGAAUUACAUUUUGAAAAGGAUGCAGAUACAACUGUUGUCAUUCCUCAAAUUAUUGUUCAAGAUGAAGAAGAAUUGAACAAUAUUAAGACAAGCGAAGAUACUGAUGGAACUGAACGCAGUACAUCGCCAUUUGAUAGUGAUUCCGAAGUCGUAGAACAUGGAAAGGAACACGAGUCAACAAAAACUUCGUCAAUUGAGGGAACCAACGAAAAAUUGACUGAUCCUAGACACCACCAUUUUGAAGCUAGUAAUGAAACGUUCGACUUUUCUCAGUCAGAUAGAAUAGAGGAUGAUAGUCAUGAAGAAUUAAUCAAGAAAUCACCACCAAUGAUGCAACUCAAUAAUGAAAUCGAUAGCGUUGGAAUCGACGAAUUAACUGAUGAACAAGAAGAACAAAUUAAACGAAUGAAAUCAGUUUACAAUGUUUAUUUUGAUCUGGAUAAAACAAGAAACAGUACCGCUGACAAAGAAGUACCGCCAUUACCUCAAAUAACCCAAUUGCAAAGUCCUGGUAAUGUCAGAUACAGCACAUCAUCGUCUGUAUAUGAUAAUCCACCUGAUGUGACACAUCAACUGUUCUCCACAUACCCAGCUCAAUCUAGACCUCAACCAAGAUUACCACCCUUAAAACCAUUACCAAAUGCAUCUGAUAUCAGAAAGUCUACCAUCGAAACAUAUACCAACUACAGACCUAAAGUUGCAUCACCACAAUUCAAACACUUUAUGCCUAUUGAAGGUGACGUGAAUGAAAGUGGAUACUAUUCACCACCAUUGUCACAACCGCAAUCGCCUAUUGGGGGGCCUGUUCCUUCCGCAUCCCAAUUAGCAAGAAACUCGGUGGUUAUGAUUGAUCCUGCGGUGGAAAUGACCAAAUCCAGAACUUUUAAACCAGCUGGAUCCCCAACUCUUCCUCAAAGUGCAAGUAUGACUUCUUUUGGAGAGAGCCAGAUGGAUCAUGAUAAUGAUUUUAAACCUGGUAGUAGAAGAAGUGAUGUUCGGAGAAUCUUGAAUAACCAUUAGGGGAAACGCUGCAUAGCAUGUAUACUUUGUAAUUUCAAUAUUAUAUUUAUUCGUGUUUCAAAGGCCUUACUUGUAUUACUCACCAUAAGGUAAUUCAAACUGUAUUG